AUGCCGUCCACACGCUUCGUGUACGUGCUGUCUCCAGCCAAGACACUGGACCUAUCGCCCUCGUGCGUCUUGCAAUGCUCCCAGCCUCGUCUUCUCUCGCAUGCGCACGAAUUGAUAAAGCAGCUGCGCAGGUUGUCGCAGAAAGAGGUCAAGUCCUCAUUAGGAGUCAGCGACGCCUUGGGCAAACUCAAUUUUGACAGGUUCCAAGUCUUUGACACGUCAAAAACCGCUACAGAGGCUUCAAAGCCGAGCAAACCCCUGAAACAGGCAGCACUGGCUUUUCACGGUCCAGCAUAUCAAGGUUUGGAGCUCCACGAUUUAUCAGAGUCGGAUCUCGCGUUUGCCCAGACCCAUCUUCGCAUUUUGAGCGGACUUUACGGGAUCCUGAGACCAUGUGACUUGAUCCAGCCAUAUCGGUUGGAAAUGGGUCAAAAGCUCGUCAACAGCCGAGGUAGAGACUUGUAUGAGUUCUGGGGAGACACCAUUGUAUCUGAGUUGGAUGCCCUCUUCUACAAAGAAGAGACCAAAGACAACGCCAUCAAGCAACAACGGGUGCUGAUCAACGUUGCGUCGCAAGAGUAUUUCAAGAGUUUACCGACUUCGGCGUUAAAAGCGGCUGGUAUUUCGGUUGUCGAGUGUGUGUUCAAAGAUGAUGGAAAGAUCAAGUCAGUGUACGCCAAACGCGCUCGAGGGCUCAUGUGCCGCUAUCUCAUUCAGAAACGCGUGGAUUCGCUGGACGGGAUAACGGGCUUUGACUUGGAAGGAUACAGGUACUCGAAAUCAGCUUCACGUGACGAUAAGCUUGUGUUUACUCGCACGGCUGCAGAACAGAAAGCAGCACUACAGCAGACAAAAGAAGCGAAGGCAAAGACUGGUCCCAAAGCGAGGGUAAAGUCCGACGGGACCAAGCGAACGGGCGAAAAUCAGUCGAUGCUUGAGGUCUCGACUGAAAAUGACGACACCGGAAACUCCCGCUUGCGUCGCUCUUCACGCAAGAAACGCAAAACGAACUAA